AUGUUUGGGACAAACCUUAUAAUGACUGGCCAUCCGUUGAAGAAUUCUCUGAAUAUCUACGCAAAGCUGGUUAUAAUUUCACCAACGAACAAGUAUGCAACGCAUUCCAGAAAAAAAUCAACGCUUUGCGGACAUUGUUUGUGAAGAGGCAUCCCGCUCAAGCAGACCUGGAACUUCAAUUAAAGCAGAGAAAAAAAUCUGGAAAAUCUCGUGCGGGCUGCGUGUCUGUUGAUGAGGAUGCGUCCUCGUUCAACUGCAAUACAACCAUACAGGCUGCUUGCAUGGUUUGA